GCCACAAGUAGGAAGUGUAUUUGUCAUGCAAGUGUCUUAGAGAAACAUGAGCUUUUACUCACUAUGUGGUUCUGUAACUCUCCUUGGGUUUUUCCUCUGUAUAUCAGAGGUAGAGAGCAUGAGGACACUGAAACAUGUAGCUGUAAAAAGAGGAGGAUCUGUCACUAUUCCAUGUCUUUAUGAUGAGAAGUACAAUGCAAACAAGAAAUACUGGUGCAAAGGGUACCAUUGGGCUACCUGCAUUAUCGUAGCCUAUGCAAACUCAAGUGGAAAUCCAUCAGUCAUUGAUCAUCCAGAGCAGAAUUUGUUGACGGUGGAACUGAACUCUGUCUCUGAGUCUGGAACGGGUUGGUGUGCUGUAGAAAUUGGGGAUAAAUGGCAGACGGAUGAUCGUGAUUAUUGGUACCUGACGGUUAGUCAAGAUCUGUCAGUGAGCGAGAGCAGAGUAAGAGGUGAGGAAGGAGGCAACGUCACAGUCCAGUGUCUCUACAGAGCUGCGUAUCAGAAUACACAGAAGCAGUGGUGCAGAUUUAAAGAUGGACAAUGCAACACAGUGGAGACUAAAACAUCCCAGAAUUCAGCAGUGUACAUCAGUGAUGAUGGGAGAAGAUCCUUCAGUGUGAAGAUGAGCAGACUGCAGAAGAGUGAUGCUGGAUGGUACUGGUGCAGUGCAGGAGAUCUACAGGUUCCUGUUCACAUCAGUGUCAGUGAUCCACCUCCAGUGACUACUAGAAAGACUACAACAAAGUCUACAGCAGUGUCUACAACAGCGUCUACAACAGAGUCUACAUCAGAGUCUACAGCAGAGUCUACAGCAGAGUCUACAGCAGUGACUACAUCAGAGUCUACAGCAGCGUCUACAACAGAGUCUACAUCAGAGUCUACAGCAGCGUCUACAACAGAGUCUACAUCAGAGUCUACAACAGCGUCUACAUCAGAGUCUACAGCAGAGUCUACAGCAGAGUCUACAGCAGAGUCUACAGCAGUGACUACAUCAGAGUCUACAACAGCGUCUACAGCAGUGUCUACAGCAGUGACUACAACCACUAACCAAGACAAUACGUGCACAUCUGACUCAAAGCACAAUUCAGUGUUUGUGAAUUUUGUCCCCAGCAGUGAUGAAACCACAGAGCAAGAGAUGUUCUGUAUCGUAAACAACUGAAGGACGUGAUCUAUCUAUCUAUCUAUCUAUCUAUCUAUCUAUCUAUCUAUCUAUCUAUCUAUCUAUCUAUCUAUCUAUCUAUCUAUCUAUCUAUCUAUCUAUCUAUCUAUCUAUCUAUCUAUCUAGUCAUACAGAAUUUAUUACCUUAGACUGUAGAACUUUUCUA